AUGAAUUCUAUCAACUCUGAACACAACCAGUGUGAUGAGGAGCGGCCGGAGGACUCAGAUUGGGAUCUCAAAAAUGUCCCAGUGCUGACGCUAGAACAGGAGAAGAAACUGUGGAGAAAGAUAGACCUACGGAUAAUGCCCAUGCUCAGUUUGAUGUAUCUCCUGGCUUUCCUUGACAGAAGUAACAUUGGCAACGCCAAGUUGGAGGGGCUCGUCACUCAACUGGAUCUCACGGGAGACAAAUUCAACAUUGCAUUGCCAUAUUGCCUGUUUGAAUGUCCUUCUAACCUGGCUCUUAAAGCUAUCAGGCCAUCCAGAUGGCUUCCAAUGAUCAAUUUUGUGUGGGGGGUAGUUAUGUACCCUCAGCUUGUUGGAGUGCGAAUCUGCCUUGGUAUUUCUGAGGCAGGGUUGUUCCCUGGCGUGGUUUAUUACCUUACUUUUUGGUAUCCGAGAUACAAGUUACAAUAUCGAAUUGGCUUGUUUUUUGGUGCUGCAACGGUUGCAGGUGCUUUCUCUGGUUUACUAGCCUUUGGGAUUGGUUACAUGGGUGGCAUAGAGGGGCUCGAAGCAUGGUCUUGGAUCUUCCUUAUUGAAGGCCUUGCAACGAUAGCCAUAGCCAUCAUUUCUGUCUUUGUACUGGUCGACUUUCCGGAAACAGCUAAGUUCUUGACUCCGGAAGAGCGUGCCUUUGUUCUCUGGAGGAAAAAAUAUGAUAAUUCAUCGGUCGGCGAGGAAAAGAACUUUUCUACCAGGCAUAUAUGGGCAGCGUUCAAAGACUGGCAGAUCUGGCUUCAUAUCCCCGUUUACAUGUCAAUUGUGGGUCCUCUGAAUGGUAUCACCCUGUUUCUCCCCUUUGGAUAUAGCACGCCAGUCAGCCAGUUGCUCACCGUUCCACCAUAUGUUGCCGGAACUAUCACAUUGCUCGUCUUUGCACACUACGCGGACGAAUUGAAAAUGCGAUCCCCAUUCAUUCUUGCCGGCCUUACAAUGUGCCUAAUCGGCUUUUCGAUAAACAUAUCCGCCGCACCCAAUGGUGUCAAGUAUUUUGGGACUUACAUAAUUGUCAUGGGAGGCUAUGCAUCGUUGCCUGGUGUCGUUUCUUGGCUUGGAAACAAUCUUUCCGGUCAGUACAAGAGGGGUGUUGGCAUGCCCCUUGUAAUGUGCAUCGGAAACCUCAGUGCUGUAGCUUCAGCCAUCGUCUAUAGACAGCAAGACGAACCUCGGUUCAUAUUUGGGCAUGCAUUUGAACUCAUGUUCGUCGGGAUUGGAUUCACCUUUUUGCCGACUUUGGUAUUCAUAUACAGGAGGAUCAACGCCAAGCGCGACGCUGCCGAACGCCUUGCGAGAGAACAAGGGGAGAAAGUGCAAUAUUCGCACCAGGAAUUGCGGGAGUUGGGAGACCGUGCGCCUGACUUCAGGUACACAUUGUGA